ACACGCUCCUUUUGAUCAAAACACGCUGCAGAACCACCACAAAACUAAACCCUCUCUUCUUUCUCGUUUCGUUUCGUUUCACUCUCUCUGCGCUCAAACAUUUUCUUCUUCCUCUCUACCCUAAAACCUAGCCGCUACCGCCGUAGCAAGAGACGGUGAUCCCGGCCGCCGAUAGCUUGCAUAGGAAAAGAGCACAGCAGUUACCUGGCCAUUGCUGGAGCUACUUCAUCAGUCUCCAGUGCCAAGUGAAAACUCAAAACCUUGCCUAGAGAUAUAUGGAGAAGAUGAAAAUAGAAGAGGUUCAGUCAACGACAAAGAAACAGCGUGUUGCUACUCACACACACAUAAAAGGCCUAGGUCUUGAGGUAAGUGGAAAACCUCUGCCUUUUGCUUCUGGGUUCGUGGGACAAGCUGAGGCAAGAGAAGCAUGUGGCCUUGCGGUUGAUAUGAUACGCCAGAAGAAGAUGGCUGGUAAGGCAAUCCUUCUCGCCGGGCCACCUGGAACUGGCAAAACUGCAUUAGCACUUGGGAUAUGUCAGGAGCUUGGGACUAAGGUUCCAUUCUGUCCAAUGGUUGGUUCGGAAGUAUACUCAACAGAAGUAAAGAAGACUGAGGUUCUUAUGGAAAAUUUUCGACGGGCUAUCGGUCUACGUAUUAAAGAAAAUAAGGAAGUAUAUGAAGGCGAGGUGACUGAGCUUUCUCCUGAAGAAACUGAGAGUAUAACAGGAGGUUAUGGUAAAAGUAUUAGCCAUGUUAUAAUUGGGUUGAAGACAGUGAAAGGAACCAAGCAACUAAAGUUGGACCCCACAAUAUACGAUGCUUUGAUUAAGGAAAAGGUAGCUGUUGGGGAUGUUAUAUAUAUAGAGGCAAAUAGUGGGGCUGUGAAAAGGGUUGGCCGAAGUGAUGCCUUUGCUACUGAGUUUGACCUUGAAGCAGAGGAGUAUGUUCCACUUCCUAAGGGAGAGGUUCACAAGAAAAAGGAAAUUGUUCAGGACGUGACCCUACAUGAUCUGGAUGCUGCCAAUGCACGGCCUCAGGGGGGGCAAGAUAUUUUGUCGCUUAUGGGCCAGAUGAUGAAGCCUAGGAAAACAGAAAUCACUGACAAGUUGAGACAAGAAAUUAAUAAGGUUGUCAACCGAUAUAUUGAUGAAGGUGUUGCGGAGCUUGUCCCUGGGGUUCUAUUUAUUGAUGAGGUGCAUAUGCUAGAUAUGGAGUGUUUUUCCUAUCUUAAUCGUGCUUUAGAGAGCUCCUUAUCUCCAAUAGUAAUCUUUGCCACAAAUAGAGGAAUAUGCUCUGUAAGAGGGGCUGAUAUGAGCAGUCCUCAUGGCAUACCUGUUGACCUAUUGGAUCGAUUGAUGAUCAUUCGAACAGUAACCUAUGGUCCAGCUGAAAUAAUUCAGAUUCUAGCUAUCCGAGCUCAAGUGGAAGAACUGGUUGUGGAUGAGGAAAGUUUAGCUUUCCUUGGGGAGAUUGGACAAAAGACAUCUUUAAGGCAUGCGAUUCAGCUUUUAUCACCUGCCAGCGUUGUUGCCAAGAUAAAUGGUCGAGAGAACAUUUGCAAGGCGGAUCUUGAGGAAAUUUGUUCACUUUAUUUAGAUGCCAAAUCAUCAGCCAAGCUACUUCAAGAGCAGCAAGACAAAUACAUAUCAUAAUACUAUUUUCAGAAUGUUGAAAUGAUUUGCUAGAAUCUGAACUUGUUAGGUUUUUACUCUGGUUCUUGUUCAGAAUUUCAUUCUUGUAUGGAAACAGUUUCCUUCCAGAGGUCAUA